GUGACUUUUAGCGCCCUGCACUGCUGCUGUACAUAUUAAAUUGACCCGUUGACGGCUGAAAUUAUCCGCCGCACUCUCUAUCUCGCUACGCAGCGACCAAGGCAGCGCAACAUGCACCGCCUCCUAGCCCUCCUAGCCAUCCACGGCGCCAGCGCCUUCCUGGCCCCGCCCGCGCCCGCCGCGGCGAGGACUAUUGUAUUCAAGAAGAAGGACAAGGACGCGGGCGACGCCGACGCGGAACCGGUCCAGAUUAAUGCCAUGAGCAAGGGCACGGUCGUCGAGUUCGACCUCAACAAGCACACGACGCUCGGUGUGAUUGAUGGCCACAAGGUCAAGGCGAAAGGAGGCCUCCGCUACGAGAUCAAGACGGCCGACGGCAAGCUGCACGCGGGCGUCGCGCCGCGCGACAUCCACUUCUCCGCUCCCGGCGCGAAGAACAACCUCGACGAGAUGCUCCAGGUCUUAGAUACCGAGGCGCCGGCCCUAGUCGACCCGGAAGUCCUAGAAAUCUGCUACGAGGUCGCCGCAGAAGAAGAAAAAGAGCUGGGGCUCCAGCAGAUCGCCUCGCUCCUCGACGCGGGCAGCGGCCCGGUGGACAUCUACCGAACGUUCCGUGUGCUGAGCUGCGAGCUCGGCAAGGUCUUCUUCCAGAAGGCCAAGGGCCACACGAAGCACUUCAACGCGCGCGCCAAGAAGACGGUCGAGGCCGCCAAGCGCUCGCUCUGCGGCCAGCACGGCGACGAGUACGGCGAGUUCUGCCUCGUCUAGAGUUGAAAUCGUCCGCCCGCGCCCCCGACCCGAAACGCAUCGCGACAUGCUCCCCGUGUAACACCACAUUAACUUA